AUGGCGGCCCCCACGGUGCGACCACAGCACCCGAUAUUCUCCAUGAAGACUCCCCGAGUAGCGAGUUCUUCAGCGGAAGCCUUGUCACACGCCUUUUGGCCCUUGUUUCGUAUAGCCAUCUCUUUCUCUCUUCUGUUUAUCGACAAUACCAUUCUCGUGGUGGUCGCUGUACUCUCCCGGUUUCGCACUGCAGCCAACCGGCGCCAGGCAGCACAGCGCGAUGUUCAUUUCUAUCCUAAGACAGUUCUAAUCACCGGAGUCGGUACACGACAUGGCCUCGCCCUCGCUCGUGCUUGGGAUGCAGAAGGCCAUCGCGUGGUUGGUGUGGAUGUCGUCGAUUUGAACCUCCCAGUUCGGUCGGGCGGGGGUAUGUCCCAUACCCUUCAGGCAUUCUAUCGAGUCUCCAAGGACCACUAUAUCUCCCGAAUCCUGGAUAUCAUCCAACGUGAAAAGAUCGACAUCUGGAUCCCAUGCUCGCCCAAGGCCACUGCCAUUGAAGAUGCAACUGCGAGACAGGUGGUCGAAAGUCGAACUACCUGUAGAUGCAUUGCUUUUGAUCCUGAGUUAACAUCUCGUUUAAUUCGACCCGACUCUUUCAGACAUUUUCUUGCCGAGCGGGACCUUCCAGUGCUAGAACAGCAUCAGGUGCAAUCACGCGACUCGGUUCAUAAGAUUUUGAAUCGAUCGCCGACCAAAUCGUAUCAUAUGCGACGGGUCAAGUCAAGUGCCAACGAAGUGGCUGUCAUCCUGCCGAAGCGUACCCUUAGCAGAACUUAUUCCGAAGUCAGCGAGAUCACCAUCUCUAAAGACACCCCAUGGAUCAUGCAACAACAGACCCGACUCGGAGAAUUCUACGCAGACCUGCUGCUAGUGCACGGCCACGUCCAUGCCAUCAAGGUUCGGAUGGUGGAAACUCGAGCACCUCAUUGGGGUGCCUCGCGCAUGGACGAAGCAUUAGCGACAGCCGUGCAUCGACUCAUGCAGAAGUUUGCUCAGAAGGGUGGGAUUCGGAUGACCGGGCACUUGUCAGUCAGACUCUUGAUUGAUGAGGAAUUCGAUCAUACAUCGGUUCGCCACACCAUCCAUAUUGCCGACUGCGUUCCUGGAGCCAGCGCCAUCGAGAACUUGCUUCGUGAUGCGCGCUCUCCCGUUGCGGGAUACCUCGAAGUAUUAGCGCCCAAGCCUACUGAGCCGGAAGCAUGGAAGGUGGCCACAACACUAUCGCCAACCCCUCGGCCGUCAUCAACUUUGGUGGAAGCUGUGGAAAAUCUUCUGACCAGUUUCUCUCCACGGCUUUUUCCCUUGGAUCUCAUCAAAAGUACUAUUACUGUCCUUGAAGCUGAAUUGGUCCCCUUCUUAUUCUGGAAGGACCCUCGAUUUACUCCCCAUGACCCUCUUCCUUGGUGGUGGCAUGUCCAUGUGUAUCAGCCGAUGCGCGAGAUCUGGCUGUUGGUGAAGCAGAUCCGUGAAGCUGGAAUGUCUACUGUUUCCAAGGGGCGCUAG